CUUCUCUUGUUCAUUUCCCAUUUUUGUUUGUUUUUCGGCAGCAAAGUUGCAUUCAUUUCUGGCACAGUAUCUCCAUAAUUGCGAUCCUUCCCAAAUUCAUAUUCCUGUAAUUAGGAUAACCCAAUCAAUAAAUGUUUAAUCCCUCAAAAAGGUUGAAUCUUUUUGGGGUUUCUAGGUCUGAAUACAUUCACAGGAUCAUACUUAUUUAAUUCACGCGCGCAUGCAUUUUCUAGGGUUCCCUGUGUAUUGUUCUGGCGAUUGGCGGAUUAAAUUAAUUGGUGCACGCACAUUUAAAUGGUGAAAUUGAAGAGGGCUUUAGGGAUUUUGAUAAGAUCACACAGCGUUUGAUGGGGAAUAACUGCGUCGGCCCUAAUUUGGGGAACAAAGGUUUCUUACAGUCCGUCACCGCCGCUGUCUGGAAAACCCGCCAACCCCAGACCCUACCCGCCCCAAAUCAAGACCAAGAUUCCACCAAAAACAAAGAUACCUCGGACCCGAAUUCCGACACUACUAACAAUGUCUCUGCUUCUGAUGGUGGUGGGGCCAAUGUGCAGAGCACAGCCCCUGCACAAAUCAAGAUUCCCAAUGACGAGUCCAAACCGAACAAAUCCGAAACAAAACCGACAGACGACCCCAAACCGAACAAGCCCAACCACAUCAAGAGAGUGUCGAGCGUAGGGUUACAAGUCGAAUCCGUUCUGCAGAGGAAAACAGAGAAUCUGAAAGACAAGUACAGUUUAGGGAAGAAGUUAGGACAAGGGCAAUUCGGUACAACCUUUCUCUGCAUGGAGAAGGCAACCAACAAAGACUUCGCGUGCAAAACGAUCGGUAAGAGAAAGCUGACUACAGAGGAAGAUGUUGAGGAUGUUAGGAGAGAGAUUCAGAUAAUGCACCACCUUGCGGGCCACCCCAAUGUUAUAUCCAUUGUCGGUGCUUACGAAGAUGCUGUGGCGGUACACGUUGUGAUGGAGCUUUGUGUGGGCGGUGAGCUUUUCGAUAGGAUUAUACAGAGAGGGCACUAUACCGAGAGAAAGGCUGCUGAGCUGGCGAGGCUGAUUGUAGGUGUUGUAGAGGCGUGUCACUCUUUGGGUGUUAUGCAUAGAGAUUUGAAACCCGAGAACUUUCUUUUUGUUAAUGAGGAAGAGGAGUCUCCUCUUAAGACCAUCGAUUUCGGCCUCUCUGUUUUCUUCAAACCAGGCGAGACGUUUUGUGAUGUUGUGGGGAGCCCUUAUUACGUGGCGCCGGAGGUAUUGAGAAAGCAUUACGGACCGGAAUGCGAUGUGUGGAGUGCGGGGGUUAUUAUUUAUAUUUUGCUUAGUGGGGUCCCUCCAUUUUGGGAUGAGACGGAACAGGGGAUAUUCGAGCAGGUUUUGAAAGGGGAGCUCGAUUUUGUAUCGGAACCAUGGCCUAGUAUAUCCGAAAGUGCUAAGGAUCUUGUCAGAAAAAUGCUCGUUCGAGAUCCCAAAAAACGGCUCACAGCUCAUCAAGUUCUUUGCCAUCCAUGGGUACAAGUUGGCGGUGUAGCGCCAGAUAAGCCACUUGAUUCGGCUGUGCUAACUCGUUUGACGCAAUUUUCUGCUAUGAACAGACUUAAGAAGAUAGCCAUCAGAGUGAUCGCCGAGAAUCUUUCGGAGGAAGAAAUUGCGGGAUUAAAGGAAAUGUUUAAAAUGAUAGAUGUGGACGAUAGUGGACACAUCACACUCGAAGAACUCAAAAGCGGUUUAGAAAGAGUUGGUGCCGAUCUCAAACAUUCCGAAAUAGUUGGUCUUAUGCAAGCUGCUGACGUGGACAAUAGCGGGACCAUAGAUUACGGAGAAUUUCUAGCGGCGAUGCUUCAUUUAAAUAAAGUUCACAGAGAGGAUCAUAUGUAUGCGGCGUUUUCGUAUUUCGAUAAAGAUGGAAGUGGUUACAUUACAAAGGAUGAACUUCAACAGGCUUGUGAACAGUUCGGAUUAGAAGACGUUCAUCUUGAAGAGAUUAUUCGAGAAGUUGAUCAGGAUAAUGAUGGGCGGAUUGAUUACAGCGAAUUUGUGGCAAUGAUGGAAGACACUGGUUUUGGUAGGAAAGGUUUGAGAACAGUGUAGAUCAAUUUUGGGGUUCGAAUUCAACGGUGCUGAUUUUAACUCCGUUAAAUCCUUUUCAAGAAUCGGGUUCGCACUUGUUUACGUCCCUCUUAGUUUGUCCAUUUUGUAUCUUUUGUUCAUCGAUAGGUUGUUUCUUUUUCUUUUCUGGAAAAUUAUUAUAUAUUAAUUCG